AUGAGAUUAGUGGAAAGUCAGACAAACGAUAAAAAAAUUCAUCUAGAAGACAAUCAAGGACUUUUAGGAGGCAAUUCGUGUAGUUGCGAAUGUACGGCUGACGCAGCAAAAGUCCCAAAAGAAAGUACGAAAUCGAUUCGUAAAGGCAGUUCGUGUGAACAUACGCUGGUGACUCGACCGGAUAUCCCAGAAAGGCAGAACCCAGCAGAAGAAACUGGAGAUCGCUGUGAAAGGCAAGAAGCACAUAAGUCACCAAUUUUAAAAGUAAAUCAUUGUAACUGUAGGCAAAACACGGAAAAGGAAAGCCAAAAGACAGUCUUAACAGACCAGUGUAACUGCGAACAUACCUGUCGCCGGUGCUGCUCUGACUAUACUUGUGACGGUGUUAAAGUGAUUUUUGCUCCAGCCAUGAUGACGUCACUUUUCAACCCCGUACCUGGUCUGCCGUAUAUCCUGAAGCCGCAGGUCAAAAUUUGCGACAAGGUAUGCAAUUUGUAA